AUGGCACUCAGGAAUGACCUGACACAUCCGAAGCAGGAUGCUGAAAGUUUGAUGCUGCUGAUGCAGUGGCUGUCAGUACUCUUCAAUCAAAGGAAGGACAUCGGUGAAUUGCCCGAAUCGGAAGAAACAUCCACUGUCAUCACACAAGUUGAUACUGAAAUAGUGGAGGGUCUGGAAGUUGCUCCUACAGUAACAGAAGCUCCAGAGAGGUCUGAAAUUGUUACUAUUGAGACCACUGGAGAUGAAACAACUAAACCUGAGACGGAGGUAGUUUCACAUGAAUUUGUCGUCCAGGAAACGGUGCAAACUGUUUCUGAGGAAGUCAUACAAGAAGAAGUGUCUCUUCCCUCUAUAGAGGAAGUCACUCCGGUGAGUGAAGUCACUGAAGUCUCUAUCCCACUGGAAGUUGAGAAGGAAGAAGAAAUUCCCGAGGAAUCAACAACUGUGGUUGACGCCUUUGAUGUAGAGGAACAACUGCAGCUGCCAGAAGCUGAAGAAAUUCCAGUUCACACCACACCCGAAGCAGUGGUGGUAGAGGAGGAAGAGGCUCCAGUCCAACCGGAGGUCCUUCUCCAGGAGGUGCAGAGGGAAGAGGUCCCCGAGAUCCUACAAGAAGCACCUCAGUUCACACAAGCAUUGUCCAAUGUAGAAAUACUCGAAGGACAACCAGCUACUUUCGAGUGCAAAGUAACUGGCAUCCCAGUGCCAGAAGUUACUUGGCGUAUUGAUGGUGAGGUCAUUGAGGACUCACCAGAUUUUCACAUCGUCCAGAAAGACGAUGGCGUAUGCAGUCUCACCAUCACCGAGACCUACCCUGAGGACGAGGGAGAGUAUGAAUGCAGCGCUGUCAAUAUCCUUGGAACAGCCACAACCAAAGCAGACCUCUACAUUCAAGACCGAAGAAUGGAGGCUCCUGACGAGGACCAGAUAUCCCCAGAAAUUGAAUAUCCUGUAGAUAAACCUGUUGAAGUUGAAACAGUUCUAGAUAAAGUAGGUCAUAUUGAGGAAGAGCUGCAGGAGUCAGACACUGAGGAAAUAGUUCCUGAAACAUCUGAAGUUGAGAAGGUGAAACCUCAAGAAAUCACAGAAGAAAUACCUGAGGAGGAUGUUGAGAAACACAAGGAAGAAAUAGUCAUUUCCCUCAAACCUCAACCUGAUGUUACUGAACCUGAAACAACCACAGAAGUGAGUGAAGUGACAGUUGAAGAACUCACGGAAGAAAUACCCGAGGAGGGUGUUGAAAAACACAAGGAAAAAAUAGUAAUUUCUCUCCAACCUCAACCGGAUGUCACUGAAGAUGAAGAAACAACAACUGAAGUGAGUGAAGUGACAACUGUGGAAAUAAGAGAGGAAAUACCUGAGGAGGGUGUUGAAAAACACAAGGAAGAAAUAGUAAUUUCUCUCCAACCUCAACCUGAUGUCACUGAAGAUGAAGAAACAACAACUGAAGUGAGUGAAGUGACAACUGUGGAAAUAAGAGAGGAAAUACCUGAGGAGGAUGUUGAAAAACACAAGGAAGAGAUAGUAAUUUCUCUCCAACCUCAACCCGAUGUCACUGAAGCUGAAGUGACAGCUCCUGAAGACAUCACAGAAACAGUGUUCAGAGAGACCAUUGAAGUGACAAAAGAAAUGAGAGAAGAGACAACAGAGGAUGUGGAAGUUCCACAGGAAAUUGUUAAGGAAAGUAUUCCAACUGAGGAAAUAACUGAAGAAAUACCUGAGGAGGAUGUUGAGAAACACAAGGAAGAAAUAGUCAUUUCCCUCAAACCUCAACCUGAUGUUACUGAACCUGAAACAACCCCUGAAGUGAGUGAAGUGACUGUUGAAGAACUCACAGAAGAAAUACCCGAGGAGGAUGUUGAAAAACACAAGGAAGAAAUAGUAAUUUCUCUCAAACCUCAACCUGAUGUCACUGAAGAUGAAGAAACAACAACUGAAGUGAGUGAAGUGCCAACUGAGGAAAUAACAGAGGAACUACCGGAAGAGGGUGUUGAAAAACACAAGGAAGAAAUAGUAAUUUCUCUCCAACCUCAACCCGAUGUCACUGAAGUUGAGGAAACAACAACUGAAGUGAGUGUAGUGUCAAUUGAGGAAAUAACAGAGGAAGUGCCAGAGGAGGGUGUUGAAAAACACAAGGAAGAAAUAGUAAUUUCUCUCCAACCUCAACCGGAUGUCACUGAAGAUGAAGAAACAACAACUGAAGUGAGUGAAGUGACAACUGUGGAAAUAAGAGAGGAAAUACCUGAGGAGGGUGUUGAAAAACACAAGGAAGAAAUAGUAAUUUCUCUCCAACCUCAACCUGAUGUCACUGAAGAUGAAGAAACAACAACUGAAGUGAGUGAAGUGACAACUGUGGAAAUAAGAGAGGAAAUACCUGAGGAGGGUGUUGAGAAACACAAGGAAGAAAUAGUAAUUUCCCUCAAACCUCAACCUGAUGUUACUGAACCUGAAACAACCCCUGAAGUGAGUGAAGUGACUGUUGAUGAACUCACGGAAGAAAUACCCGAGGAGGAUGUUGAAAAACACAAGGAAGAAAUAGUAAUUUCUCUCAAACCUCAACCUGAUGUUACUGAACCUGAAACCACAGACGUGAGUGAAGUGACUGUUGAAGAACUCACGGAAGAAAUACCGGAGGAGGAUGUUGAGAAACACAAGGAAGAAAUAGUAAUUUCUCUCCAACCUCAACCCGAUGUCACUGAAGUUGAGGAAACAACAACUGAAGUGAGUGAAGUGUCAAUUGAGGAAAUAACAGAGGAAAUACCAGAAGAGGGUGUUGAAAAACACAUGGAAGAGAUAGUAAUUUCUCUCCAACCUCAACCCGAUGUCACUGAAGUUGAGGAAACAACAACUGAAGUGAGUGAAGUGUCAAUUGAGGAAAUAACAGAGGAAGUGCCAGAGGAGGGUGUUGAAAAACACAAGGAAGAGAUAGUAAUUUCUCUCCAACCUCAACCUGAUGUUACUGAACCUGAAAAGACCCCUGAAGUGAGUGAAGUGACUGUUGAAGAAACAAAGAAAUACCGAGGAGGGUAUGUCACUGAAGUUGAGGAAACAACAACUGAUGUGAGUGAAGUGUCAAUUGAGGAAAUAACAGAGGAAGUGCCAGAGGAGGGUGUAGAAAAACACAAGGAAGAGAUAGUAAUUUCUCUCCAACCUAAACCAGAUGUCACUGAAGUUGAAGUGACAGCUCCUGAAGACAUCACAGAAACAGUGUUCAGAGAGACCAUUGAAGUGACCAAAGAACUGAGAGAAGAGACAACAGAGGAUGUGGAAGUUCCACAGGAAAUUGUUAAGGAAGAUAUUCCAACUGAGGAAAUAACUGAAGAAAUACCUGAGGAGGAUGUUGAGAAACACAAGGAAGAAAUAGUCAUUUCCCUCAAACCUCAACCUGAUGUUACUGAACCUGAAAAGACCCCUGAAGUGAGUGAAGUGACUGUUGAAGAACUCACAGAAGAAAUACCCGAGGAGGGUGUUGAAAAACACAAGGAAGAAAUAGUAAUUUCUCUCCAACCUCAACCUGAUGUUACUGAACCUGAAACAACCCCUGAAGUGAGUGAAGUGACUGUUGAAGAACUCACGGAAGAAAUACCCGAGGAGGAUGUUGAAAAACACAAGGAAGAAAUAGUAAUUUCUCUCCAACCUCAACCAGAUGUCACUGAAGUUGAGGAAACAACAACUGAAGUGAGUGAAGUGUCAAUUGAGGAAAUAACAGAGGAAAUACCAGAAGAGGGUGUUGAAAAACACAAGGAAGAGAUAGUAAUUUCUCUCCAACCUCAACCCGAUGUCACUGAAGUUGAGGAAACAACAACUGAAGUGAGUGAAGUGUCAAUUGAGGAAAUAACAGAGGAAAUACCAGAGGAGGGUGUUGAAAAACACAAGGAAGAGAUAGUAAUUUCUCUCCAACCUAAACCAGAUGUCACUGAAGUUGAGGAAACAACAACUGAUGUGAGUGAAGUGUCAAUUGAGGAAAUAACAGAGGAAGUGCCAGAGGAGGGUGUAGAAAAACACAAGGAAGAGAUAGUAAUUUCUCUCCAACCUAAACCAGAUGUCACUGAAGUUGAAGUGACAGCUCCUGAAGACAUCACAGAAACAGUGUUCAGAGAGACCAUUGAAGUGACCAAAGAACUGAGAGAAGAGCCGACAGAGGAUGUGGAAGUUCCACAGGAAAUUGUUAAGGAAGAUAUUCCAACUGAGGAAAUAACUGAAGAAAUACCUGAGGAGGAUGUUGAGAAACACAAGGAAGAAAUAGUCAUUUCCCUCAAACCUCAACCUGAUGUUACUGAACCUGAAACAACCCCUGAAGUGAGUGAAGUGACUGUUGAAGAACUCACAGAAGAAAUACCCGAGGAGGGUGUUGAAAAACACAAGGAAGAAAUAGUAAUUUCUCUCCAACCUCAACCCGAUGUCACUGAAGUUGAGGAAACAACAACUGAAGUGAGUGAAGUGUCAAUUGAGGAAAUAACAGAGGAAGUGCCAGAGGAGGGUGUAGAAAAACACAAGGAAGAGAUAGUAAUUUCUCUCCAACCUAAACCAGAUGUCACUGAAGUUGAAGUGACAGCUCCUGAAGACAUCACAGAAACAGUGUUCAGAGAGACCAUUGAAGUGACCAAAGAACUGAGAGAAGAGACAACAGAGGAUGUGGAAGUUCCACAGGAAAUUGUUAAGGAAGAUAUUCCAACUGAGGAAAUAACUGAAGAAAUACCUGAGGAGGAUGUUGAGAAACACAAGGAAGAAAUAGUCAUUUCCCUCAAACCUCAACCUGAUGUUACUGAACCUGAAACAACCCCUGAAGUGAGUGAAGUGACUGUUGAAGAACUCACAGAAGAAAUACCCGAGGAGGAUGUUGAAAAACACAAGGAAGAAAUAGUCAUUUCUCUCCAACCUCAACCUGAUGUUACUGAACCUGAAACAACCCCUGAAGUGAGUGAAGUGACUGUUGAAGAACUCACGGAAGAAAUACCCGAGGAGGAUGUUGAAAAACACAAGGAAGAAAUAGUAAUUUCUCUCCAACCUCAACCUGAUGUCACUGGAGAUGAAGAAACAACAACUGAAGUGAGUGAAGUGCCAACUGAGGAAAUAACAGAGGAACUCCCGGAAGAGGGUGUUGAAAAACACAAGGAAGAGAUAGUAAUUUCUCUCCAACCUAAACCAGAUGUCACUGAAGUUGAAGUGACAGCUCCUGAAGACAUCACAGAAACAGUGUUCAGAGAGACCAUUGAAGUGACCAAAGAACUGAGAGAAGAGCCGACAGAGGAUGUGGAAGUUCCACAGGAAAUUGUUAAGGAAGAUAUUCCAACUGAGGAAAUAACUGAAGAAAUACCUGAGGAGGAUGUUGAGAAACACAAGGAAGAAAUAGUCAUUUCCCUCAAACCUCAACCUGAUGUUACUGAACCUGAAAAGACCCCUGAAGUGAGUGAAGUGACUGUUGAAGAACUCACAGAAGAAAUACCCGAGGAGGGUGUUGAAAAACACAAGGAAGAAAUAGUAAUUUCUCUCCAACCUCAACCCGAUGUCACUGAAGUUGAGGAAACAACAACUGAAGUGAGUGAAGUGUCAAUUGAGGAAAUAACAGAGGAAGUGCCAGAGGAGGGUGUAGAAAAACACAAGGAAGAGAUAGUAAUUUCUCUCCAACCUAAACCAGAUGUCACUGAAGUUGAAGUGACAGCUCCUGAAGACAUCACAGAAACAGUGUUCAGAGAGACCAUUGAAGUGACCAAAGAACUGAGAGAAGAGACAACAGAGGAUGUGGAAGUUCCACAGGAAAUUGUUACGGAAGAUAUUCCAACUGAGGAAAUAACUGAAGAAAUACCUGAGGAGGAUGUUGAGAAACACAAGGAAGAAAUAGUCAUUUCCCUCAAACCUCAACCUGAUGUUACUGAACCUGAAAAGACCCCUGAAGUGAGUGAAGUGACUGUUGAAGAACUCACAGAAGAAAUACCUGAGGAGGGUGUUGAAAAACACAAGGAAGAAAUAGAACCUGAAACAACAACUGAAGUGAGUGAAGUAACUGUUGAGGAAAUAACAGAAGAAAUACCUGAGGAGGGUGUUGAAAAACACAAGGAAGAAAUAGUAAUUUCUCUCCAACCUCAACCAGAUGUCACUGAAGUUGAGGAAACAACAACUGAAGUGAGUGAAGUGUCAAUUGAGGAAAUAACAGAGGAAGUGCCAGAGGAGGGUGUUGAAAAACACAAGGAAGAGAUAGUAAUUUCUCUCCAACCUAAACCAGAUGUCACUGAAGUUGAAGUGACAGCUCCUGAAGACAUCACAGAAACAGUGUUUAGAGAGACCAUUGAAGUGACCAAAGAACUGAGAGAAGAGACAACAGAGGAUGUGGAAGUUCCACAGGAAAUUGUUAAGGAAGAUAUUCCAACUGAGGAAAUAACUGAAGAAAUACCUGAGGAGGAUGUUGAGAAACACAAGGAAGAAAUAGUCAUUUCCCUCAAACCUCAACCUGAUGUUACUGAACCUGAAACAACCCCUGAAGUGAGUGAAGUGACUGUUGAAGAACUCACAGGAAGAAAUACCCGAGGAGGAUUGAGUGAAGUGACUGUUGAAGAACUCACAGAAGAAAUACCCGAGGAGGAUGUUGAAAAACACAAGGAAGAAAUAGUCAUUUCUCUCCAACCUCAACCUGAUGUUACUGAACCUGAAACAACCCCUGAAGUGAGUGAAGUGACUGUUGAAGAACUCACAGAAGAAAUACCCGAGGAGGAUGUUGAAAAACACAAGGAAGAAAUAGUAAUUUCUCUCCAACCUCAACCUGAUGUCACUGGAGAUGAAGAAACAACAACUGAAGUGAGUGAAGUGCCAACUGAGGAAAUAACAGAGGAACUCCCGGAAGAGGGUGUUGAAAAACACAAGGAAGAGAUAGUAAUUUCUCUCCAACCUAAACCAGAUGUCACUGAAGUUGAAGUGACAGCUCCUGAAGACAUCACAGAAACAGUGUUCAGAGAGACCAUUGAAGUGACCAAAGAACUGAGAGAAGAGACAACAGAGGAUGUGGAAGUUCCACAGGAAAUUGUUAAGGAAGAUAUUCCAACUGAGGAAAUAACUGAAGAAAUACCUGAGGAGGAUGUUGAAAAACACAAGGAAGAAAUAGUCAUUUCCCUCAAACCUCAACCUGAUGUUACUGAACCUGAAACAACCCCUGAAGUGAGUGAAGUGACUGUUGAAGAACUCACAGAAGAAAUACCCGAGGAGGAUGUUGAAAAACACAAGGAAGAAAUAGUAAUUUCUCUCCAACCUCAACCCGAUGUCACUGAAGUUGAGGAAACAACAACUGAAGUGAGUGAAGUGCCAACUGAGCAAAUAACAGAGGAACUCCCGGAAGAGGGUGUUGAAAAACACAAGGAAGAGAUAGUAAUUUCUCUCCAACCUAAACCAGAUGUCACUGAAGUUGAAGUGACAGCUCCUGAAGACAUCACAGAAACAGUGUUCAGAGAGACCAUUGAAGUGACCAAAGAACUGAGAGAAGAGACAACAGAGGAUGUGGAAGUUCCACAGGAAAUUGUUAAGGAAGAUAUUCCAACUGAGGAAAUAACUGAAGAAAUACCUGAGGAGGAUGUUGAGAAACACAAGGAAGAAAUAGUCAUUUCCCUCAAACCUCAACCUGAUGUUACUGAACCUGAAACAACCCCUGAAGUGAGUGAAGUGACUGUUGAAGAACUCACAGAAGAAAUACCCGAGGAGGAUGUUGAAAAACACAAGGAAGAAAUAGUAAUUUCCCUCAAACCUCAACCCGAUGUCACUGAAGUUGAGGAAACAACAACUGAAGUGAGUGAAGUGUCAAUUGAGGAAAUAACAGAGGAAGUGCCAGAGGAGGGUGUUGAAAAACACAAGGAAGAGAUAGUCAUUUCUCUCAAACCUCAACCUGAUGUUACUGAACCUGAAACCACAGACGUGAGUGAAGUGACUGUUGAAGAACUCACGAAAGAAAUACCUGAGGAGGAUGUUGAGAAACACAAGGAAGAAAUAGUAAUUUCUCUCCAACCUCAACCCGAUGUCACUGAAGUUGAGGAAACAACAACUGAAGUGAGUGAAGUGUCAAUUGAGGAAAUAACAGAGGAAGUGCCAGAGGAGGGUGUUGAAAAACACAAGGAAGAAAUAGUAAUUUCUCUCCAACCUCAACCAGAUGUCACUGAAGAGGAAGAAACAACAACUGAAGUGAGUGAAGUGACAACUGUGGAAAUAAGAGAGGAAAUACCUGAGGAGGGUGUUGAAAAACACAAGGAAGAAAUAAUAAUUUCACUCCAACCUCAACCUGAUGUCACUGAAGUUGAGGAAACAACAACUGAAGUGAGUGAAGUGUCAAUUGAGGAAAUAACAGAGGAAGUGCUAGAGGAGGGUGUAGAAAAACACAAGGAAGAGAUAGUAAUUUCUCUCCAACCUAAACCAGAUGUCACUGAAGUUGAAGUGACAGCUCCUGAAGACAUCACAGAAACAGUGUUCAGAGAGACCAUUGAAGUGACCAAAGAACUGAGAGAAGAGCCGACAGAGGAUGUGGAAGUUCCACAGGAAAUUGUUAAGGAAGAUAUUCCAACUGAGGAAAUAACUGAAGAAAUACCUGAGGAGGAUGUUGAGAAACACAAGGAAGAAAUAGUCAUUUCCCUCAAACCUCAACCUGAUGUUAUGACUGUUGAAGAACUCACAGAAGAAAUACCCGAGGAGGGUGUUGAAAAACACAAGGAAGAAAUAGUAAUUUCUCUCCAACCUCAACCUGAUGUUACUGAACCUGAAACAACCACAGAAGUGAGUGAAGUGACUGUUGAAGAACUCACGGAAGAAAUACCCGAGGAGGGUGUUGAAAAACACAAGGAAGAAAUAGUAAUUUCUCUCCAACCUCAACCCGAUGUCACUGAAGUUGAGGAAACAACAACUGAAGUGAGUGAAGUGUCAAUUGAGGAAAUAACAGAGGAAAUACUGGAAGAGGGUGUUGAAAAACACAAGGAAGAAAUAGUAAUUUCUCUCCAACCUCAACCCGAUGUCACUGAAGUUGAGAAAACAACAACUGAAAUGAGUGAAGUGUCAAUUGAGGAAAUAACAGAGGAAGUGCCAGAGGAGGGUGUAGAAAAACACAAGGAAGAGAUAGUAAUUUCUCUCCAACCUCAACCAGAUGUCACUGAAGUUGAAGAAACAACCACUGAAGUGAGUGAAGUGACAACUGAGGAAAUAACAGAGGAAAUACUGGAAGAGGGUGUUGAGAAACACAAGGAAGAAAUAGUAAUUUCUCUCCAACCUCAACCUGAUGUGACUGAAGUUGAGGAAAGAACUACUGAAGUGAGUGAAGUGACAACUGAUGAAAUACCGGAGGAAGGAAGUUGAAAAUACAAGGAAGAGAUUGUCAUAGCUCCCAAGACUGAACCUGUUAUCACUGAAGUUGAAGUGACAGCACCAGAAGACAUCACUGAAACUGUUUUCAGAGAAACUAUUGAAGUGACAAAAGAAAUCACGGAAGCUCCAAAGGAGGAAGAAGUGGAAGCAGAAGUGAUUCUUGAGGAAAAACCAGAACAGGAAGAGGUUGAGGCAGAAGUAACUAUUGAGGAAGCUCCUGAAAAGGAGGAGGUUGAGGCAGAACGAAAAGGAGAGGUUGAGGUUGAGGAAGUUCCUACGGAGGAGGUUGAAGCUGAAGUUACCAUUGAAGAAGCACCUGAAAAGGAGGAGGUUGAGACUAAAGAAAUUGUCCUUGAGGAAAUCACAGAAGAUAUACCCGAGGAAGGUGUUGAAAAGCACAAGGAAGAACUUGUCAUUACUCCCAAAACUGAACCUGUUGUCACUGAAGUUGAGGAAACAACCACUGAAGUCAGUGAGGUAAUAUCCGAGGAAAUAACUGAGGAAAUACCCGAGGAAGGUGUUGAGAAAUACAAGGAAGAAAUUGUCAUUACUCCCAAAGCCGAACCUGUUGUCACUGAAGUUGAGGAAACAACUACUGAAGUCAGUGAAGUGACAACUGAAGAAAUAACAGAGGAAAUUCCUGAGGAGGAUGUUGAGAAACACAAGGAAGAGAUUGUCAUAGCUCCCAAGACUGAACCUGUUAUCACUGAAGUUGAAGUGACAGCACCAGAAGACAUCACUGAAACUGUUUUCAGAGAAACUAUUGAAGUGACAAAAGAAAUCACGGAAGCUCCAAAGGAGGAAGAAGUGGAAGCAGAAGUGAUUCUUGAGGAAAAACCAGAACAGGAAGAGGUUGAGGCAGAAGUAACUAUUGAGGAAGCUCCUGAAAAGGAGGAGGUUGAGGCAGAAGUAACUCUUGAGGAAGUUCCUACGGAGGAGGUUGAAGCUGAAGUUACCAUUGAAGAAGCACCUGAAAAGGAGGAGGUUGAGACUAAAGAAAUUGUCCUUGAGGAAAUCACAGAAGAUAUACCCGAGGAAGGUGUUGAAAAGCACAAGGAAGAACUUGUCAUUACUCCCAAAACUGAACCUGUUGUCACUGAAGUUGAGGAAACAACCACUGAAGUCAGUGAGGUAAUAUCCGAGGAAAUAACUGAGGAAAUACCCGAGGAAGGUGUUGAGAAAUACAAGGAAGAAAUUGUCAUUACUCCCAAAGCCGAACCUGUUGUCACUGAAGUUGAGGAAACAACUACUGAAGUCAGUGAAGUGACAACUGAAGAAAUAACAGAGGAAAUUCCUGAGGAGGAUGUUGAGAAACACAAGGAAGAGAUUGUCAUAGCUCCCAAGACUGAACCUGUUAUCACUGAAGUUGAAGUGACAGCACCAGAAGACAUCACUGAAACUGUUUUCAGAGAAACUAUUGAAGUGACAAAAGAAAUCACGGAAGCUCCAAAGGAGGAAGAAGUGGAAGCAGAAGUGAUUCUUGAGGAAAAACCAGAACAGGAAGAGGUUGAGGCAGAAGUAACUAUUGAGGAAGCUCCUGAAAAGGAGGAGGUUGAGGCAGAAGUAACUCUUGAGGAAGUUCCUACGGAGGAGGUUGAAGCUGAAGUUACCAUUGAAGAAGCACCUGAAAAGGAGGAGGUUGAGACUAAAGAAAUUGUCCUUGAGGAAAUCACAGAAGAUAUACCCGAGGAAGGUGUUGAAAAGCACAAGGAAGAACUUGUCAUUACUCCCAAAACUGAACCUGUUGUCACUGAAGUUGAGGAAACAACCACUGAAGUCAGUGAGGUAAUAUCCGAGGAAAUAACUGAGGAAGUACCCGAGGAAGGUGUUGAGAAAUACAAGGAAGAAAUUGUCAUUACUCCCAAAGCCGAACCUGUUGUCACUGAAGUUGAGGAAACAACUACUGAAGUCAGUGAAGUGACAACUGAAGAAAUAACAGAGGAAAUUCCUGAGGAGGAUGUUGAGAAACACAAGGAAGAGAUUGUCAUAGCUCCCAAGACUGAACCUGUUAUCACUGAAGUUGAAGUGACAGCACCAGAAGACAUCACUGAAACUGUUUUCAGAGAAACUAUUGAAGUGACAAAAGAAAUCACGGAAGCUCCAAAGGAGGAAGAAGUGGAAGCAGAAGUGAUUCUUGAGGAAAAACCAGAACAGGAAGAGGUUGAGGCAGAAGUAACUAUUGAGGAAGCUCCUGAAAAGGAGGAGGUUGAGGCAGAAGUAACUCUUGAGGAAGUUCCUACGGAGGAGGUUGAAGCUGAAGUUACCAUUGAAGAAGCACCUGAAGAGGAAGAGGUUGAGGCAGAAGUAACUAUUGAGGAAGCUCCUGAAAAGGAGGAGGUUGAGGCAGAACUAACUCUUGAAAUUCCACGGAGGAGGUUGAAGCUGAAAUCACAGAAGAUAUACCUGAGGAGGAGGUUUGAGGAAACAACCACUGAAGUCAGUGAGGUAAUAUCCGAGGAAAUAACUGAGGAAGUACCCGAGGAAGGUGUUGAGAAAUACAAGGAAGAAAUUGUCAUUACUCCCAAAGCCGAACCUGUUGUCACUGAAGUUGAGGAAACAACUACUGAAGUCAGUGAAGUGACAACUGAAGAAAUAACAGAGGAAAUUCCUGAGGAGGAUGUUGAGAAACACAAGGAAGAGAUUGUCAUAGCUCCCAAGACUGAACCUGUUAUCACUGAAGUUGAAGUGACAGCACCAGAAGACAUCACUGAAACUGUUUUCAGAGAAACUAUUGAAGUGACAAAAGAAAUCACAGAAGCUCCAAAGGAGGAAGAAGUGGAAGCAGAAGUGAUUCUUGAGGAAAAACCAGAACAGGAAGAGGUUGAGGCAGAAGUAACUAUUGAGGAAGCUCCUGAAAAGGAGGAGGUUGAGGCAGAAGUAACUCUUGAGGAAGUUCCUACGGAGGAGGUUGAAGCUGAAGUUACCAUUGAAGAAGCACCUGAAAAGGAGGAGGUUGAGACUAAAGAAAUUGUCCUUGAGGAAAUCACAGAAGAUAUACCCGAGGAAGGUGUUGAAAAGCACAAGGAAGAACUUGUCAUUAUUCCAAAAGAGGAAGAAGUGGAAGCAGAAGUGAUUCUUGAGGAAAAACCAGAACAGGAAGAGGUUGAGGCUGAAGUAAUUGUUGAGGAAGCUCCUGAAAGGGAGGAGGUUGGGUCAGAAUUGAUAAUUGAAGAAUCUCCUGAAAAAGAAAUUGCAGAGACAGAAGUUACAACUGAAAUAACUGCUGUGAAGGAACUUACAGACUUCGAUGUUUCAGAUGAAGAAGAAACAGUUGGUAUUUCAGAAAAGCUUAUUAUUAAAGAUGAAGAGAAACUUAUUGCUCUGUCUGAUGAAUCUGACAUCACCGAUGAUGAAUUAUCUGAAUGGUCAGAUGAAGAUGUGGCCCAGGAGCCUGACAAAUCUGCAGCUCUUCCUUCUGAAAUUACUGACCUUGAUCAGUUAGAUCAUGUAACUCCUGUCGAAAAGCUCUCAGGUACUCAGGAUAUUUCAAUAGAUACUGAGGAAGUAAAGAUGGCCCCCCACGAUGAUGAAGAAGGUCCUGUUGACAAAGCACCCUCAGAGGAGGAAGUGCUUUCUGAAAAAGAGAGACUUACUGCAGAAGAAGAGAAGGAAGUUGUAUCUGAUGAAGAAAGGAAAGAAAUCGAAGAAACUGUACAACUAUCUUUAGCAGAAGCUUCCCAGGAGAAGGAAUACCCUGAGUUCUCCCAGUUCUUGGAGAACAUGUCUGUGAAGGACGGCAGCUCUGCCCGUCUUGUGUGUCGUGUCUCCUGCAUGUCUCCUCCCAACAUUAACUGGUUUAGAGAUGGGCAGAUCAUUGUGUCCUCCGACGAGUUCCAGAUUACUUACAAUGAUGAUCUUUGCAUGCUGUAUAUUCCUGAGAUAUUCCCAGAAGAUGCUGGUGUUUAUGAAGUUAUUGCAGAAAAUGCCCACGGCACUGCUUCCACUUCUGCCCAGCUCCAUGUAGAAGUUGAAGAAACCGUCGAGGAAACUGUUGAAGAGACAGUUGAGAAGGUUGAGGGAAUCGCACCCACCUUCCAGCAGAAACCCAAGUUCCAGAACGUGGACGAGAAAACCAAUGUCGUCUUCGAGGGAAGAGUUGUGGCCCUUCCUGAACCUGAGAUCGUGUGGCAACGUGAUGGUGUGAAGAUCGAACCUACCGAUCGUCAUCAUGUGAAAAUCAACAAAGAUGUGCACAUGUAUCACGUGAGUCUGGAGAUUGACCAAGCCACUCCCGAAGACGCUGGGAAUUAUGAAGUCAUCGCCACUAACGAACAUGGUGAAGCCUCAGUGAAAGUGUCUCUUGUUGUCAGAGAAGAAGUUGUGGAACAAGUGGACUUCCGAUCUGCCCUGAAGACAAGAGUGUAUGUAUAUCAAUACUAUAUUCUCUUCAGAGUAGUUUAG